GGCGGGCAAGAUGGGCGCCCCGGAGCCCCGCGGCGCCGCCUCCCCGCCGCCUCCCCGGUGCCGCCCGGCCCGCCCCCGGCCGCCGCGCCGCCCCUCGCCCCGCCCCGCCCCGGCCGGCCAAGAUGGCGCUGCAGGUGGCUCAGGCCGUGCAGGCGGUGCAUCUGGAGUCGGACGCCUUCCUCGUGUGCCUCAACCACGCGCUGAGCACCGAGAAGGAGGAGGUGAUGGGGCUGUGCAUCGGGGAGUUGAAUGAUGACACAAGCCCCCAAAGGAGUGACUCAAAAUUUGGGUACAGCGGAUCUGACUCUCACACAGUUGCUGAAAAGGGUGACACCGUCAGAAUUGUUCAUAUCCAUUCUGUCAUCAUCCUGCGCCGUUCUGACAAGAGGAAGGACCGAGUGGAAAUUUCUCCUGAGCAGUUGUCUGCAGCCUCCACAGAGGCAGAGAGAUUGGCUGAACUAACAGGUCGUCCCAUGAGAGUUGUGGGCUGGUAUCAUUCCCACCCUCAUAUAACUGUUUGGCCUUCACAUGUUGAUGUUCGAACACAGGCCAUGUACCAAAUGAUGGAUCAAGGCUUUGUGGGACUUAUUUUUUCCUGCUUCAUAGAAGAUAAAAACACAAAGACUGGCCGGGUACUCUACACUUGCUUUCAAUCCAUACAGGCCCAGAAGAACUCAGAGUAUGAGAGAAUUGAAAUCCCUAUCCAUAUUGUACCUCAUGUGACCAUUGGGAAAGUGUGCCUUGAAUCAGCAGUAGAGCUGCCCAAAAUCCUGUGCCAGGAGGAGCAGGAUGCAUAUAGGAGGAUCCACAGCCUUACACAUCUGGACUCAGUAACCAAGAUCCAUAAUGGUUCAGUGUUUACCAAGAACCUGUGCAGUCAGAUGUCAGCAGUCAGUGGGCCUCUUCUGCAGUGGUUGGAGGACAGACUGGAGCAAAACCAACAGCUAUUGCAAGAAUUGCAACAAGAAAAGGAAGCACUGUUGCAAGAACUGUCUUCUUUGGAAUAAAGUAGGAGACUAAAUGGG